AACACCCAAAAGAACAACAUUAGCCUCCAUGCCCUUAGCUCUGCCGCCUGUGUAGCAAACCAGCCUCCACCCCUCCGUCAUUUUAUUAAUAUGUUUUUCAGCGUCACAUCCCCCUGGCCGGAGGAAUGUAGAGACGGAGUGCUUUAAAAAUAGCAUCCUCUCCUCUGACAGCGCUGCUCCGGUGGCUCCGCUGCACUGUGGUGCGAGAAGCAGGAAUGCGAAGAUGGCUGCAGACCUCGGAGAGCUGCUGGUCCCAUACAUGCCCACCGUCAGGGUGCCCAGAACAGGAGACAGGGUUUUCAAGAGCGAGUGCGCCUUUUCCUUCGACUCUCCCGAGUCAGAGGGAGGCCUGUAUGUGUGUAUGAACACAUUCCUGGGCUUCGGACGGGAACAUGUGGAGAGACAUUAUCGCAAAACAGGACAGAGUGUUUACAUGCACCUCAAACGACAUGUCAAAGAGAAAGCCACAGGAGCUGCAGCAGGCGCCAUCCCCAGACGAAGAAAUGGAAAAGUGUUUCUAGAUUUAGAGCUUAACCGUGAUUUUAACGGAGAGGACUAUGAAUAUGAAGACGAGGCCAAGCUUGUCAUUUUUCCAGACCACUUCGAGAUCCCCUUACCAAAUAUUGAGGAGUUGCCCGCUCUGGUGACCAUAGCCUGUGACGCUGUGCUCAACUCACCAUCAGCUUACAAAAAGCAGGAGCCUGAUUCCUGGGAGGAGGAGAUCCAGGUGUCCAAACAUGCCAGGAGCCUCAGACAGCUGGAUAAUGAGGUCAGGAUCCCACCCAGGGGCUGGAAGUGUCAGAAGUGCGAGAUGAGAGAAAACCUGUGGCUGAACCUGACAGAUGGAGCAGUGCUCUGUGGGAAAUGGUUCUUUGAUGGGAGCGGAGGCAACGGCCACGCUCUGGAUCACUUUAAAGAGACCAAAUACCCCCUGGCUGUCAAGAUGGACACUAUCACCCCAGACGGAGCAGAUGUCUACUCAUUUGAAGAGGAGGAGGCUGUGUUAGACCCCCACAUAUCAGAACACUUGUCACACUUUGGAAUAGACAUGCUGACGCAGACAAAAACGGAGAAUGGUCACCACACGGACAAUAACUCCCGGCCGCGGGUCAGUGAAUGGGAGGUGAUCCAGGAGUCGGGCAUGAAGCUGAAAGCGGUGUUUGGUUCUGGUUACACAGGCAUCAAAAACCUGGGCAACAGCUGCUACCUGGGCACAGUGAUGCAGGUGCUCUUCAGCAUCCCAGACUUCCAGAGGAUGUAUGUGGGUAAUCUUCAGAAGAUAUAUGACUAUUCACCCCUUGACCCCAGCCAGGACUUCGCAACACAAAUGGCUAAACUGGGACAUGGACUGCUCUCAGGCCAGUUCUCCAAACCACCCAUGAAAUCUGAGCUCAUUGAACAGGUGAUGAAAGAAGAAUACAAGCACCAGCAGAAGGGCGUCUCUCCCCGUAUGUUGAAGGCCAUGGUGAGCAGGGGACACCCAGAGUUUUCCUCUAUCAGACAACAAGACGCCCACGAGUUCCUCCUGCACGUCAUCAACGUGGUGGAGAGGAACAGCGCAGGUUCAGAGAAUCCAAGCGACGUCUUCCGCUUCCUGGUGGAGGAGCGAGUUCAGUGCUGCCAGACACGUCAAGUUCGUUACAAUCAGCGGGUGGACUACUGCAUCCAGCUACCAGCUCCCUUUGAAGCGGCCACCAAUCGAGAGGAGCUGCUGGCAUACGAAGCCAAGCGGAAGGACGCUGAGGAGAACAUGCGAGCUCCUCCUGAGCCGGUCAGAGCACGGAUCCCCUUCACCGCCUGCCUGCAGGCCUUCACAGAGCCGGACAACGUCCCCGACUUCUGGAGCUCAGCGCUACAGGCCAAGUCCGCCGGAGUCAAAACUUCCCGUUUCGCCUCCUUCCCAGAGUAUCUGAUUUUGCAGAUCAAGAAAUUCACAUUCGGGGAUGACUGGGUGCCGAAGAAACUAGACUUGGCCAUAGAUGUUCCAGACUUUCUGGAUUUGAGUCGGCUGCGGGCCACCGGGCUGCAGGCGAGUGAAGAGGAGCUGCCGGACCUCUUGCCUCCCAUCGUGCUAGCUGAAGACACCAGAGAUAACUCUAUGGGCUCCAUAGACUCUCCAGAAAUAGAUGAGGCGGCAGUAAUGCAGCUGGCAGAGAUGGGCUUUCCGCUGGAGGCCUGUAGGAAGGCAGUCUACUACACAGGCAACAUGGGCCCCGAGAUGGCUUUCAACUGGAUCAUAGCCCACAUGGAGGAGCCUGACUUUGCAGAACCUCUCACUCUUCCCUCCAUAAUGGAUCCUGGUCCCUCCACCAGCGACAGCACCGUGGGCGCCACCCCGCUGGGCAACUCGCCCCCUGAGGAGAGCAUUGCCAUCCUCACUUCAAUGGGCUUCCCCCGCGCUCACAGCAUCCAGGCACUCAAAGCCACGAACAAUAACCUCGAACGAGCCCUCGACUGGAUCUUCACCCACCCGGAAGAGGAGGAGAGUGACGCCCUGUCAGAUAUGGCUGACACGGAGCCCAACGACAACGCUUUCUCCAACGCCAACUCACACAGCAACUCCACGCUGUCCCCAGACAGAGACGUGUCGGGCCCACGGGUCAAAGACGGACCGGGACGUUAUGAGCUCUUUGCUUUCAUCAGUCACAUGGGAGCAUCCACAAUGUCUGGACAUUAUGUUUGUCACAUCAAAAAGGAGGGAAGGUGGGUGAUCUACAACGACCACAAAGUGUGUUUGUCAGAAAGGCCUCCAAAAGACUUGGGCUACAUCUACUUUUACCAUCGACUGUCUAGCAGUUAAACUAAAGUUACAGCCCUCCACCAUGCAACCUUUUAAAGAACCGCAGUCUUUCACCCCGAAGACUGGCAGACAACUUUAAAAUCAGCCACAGUGAAAACGAUGGAAAUAGCCUCUCAGACCAGCUGCUCGCCUUACCGUGAUGUCAUUCAGAAGCCACCAGGAACCCUGGUCAAGGGAAAGCAAUGUGCUUUUUGUGCAUUUGUGUUACGUUAUGCUUUAAAUGUAUAUAUUCAGUGUUUAUGUUUGAGAAAAUACAUUUUCUUGACAUUGUAGGUGCAGAGGGAUGUGUGCAAUUUUCACUUCUGUUCACAUAUCAGAUCUUAUUGUUCCUCCUCUAUGCCUUCAGCUACAGUGCCAGUAUUUUCAAAGUGGUACAUUUUAUAAAUGUAUAUUGAAAUGGCUUCACUGCCAGCCCUGAAAUGCUCUGAAACUGCAAACAACAACAAGCAAGAAAUUACUGCUGCUGGUGGUUUUGUAUUUUGCAAUGUUUUUCAUCCCCAGGAAAUUGAAAGGACAAUAAGAAUUCUUAUCUUUUGGUUGGAUACUGAAAUAAAUUACCAACAUAGUGUAUGUUCAACCAGGAGAGCACAACGAAGGCCACAAACAGGUGUAGUUUCAAUACAAUUCAAUUACUGGUUAAAUAAUGGCUCAAACAUAGUUCUACUUGGAGAUGACCUGCAAGUUUGUCCCUUUUUUUUUUAUGAAAAAUGUUCUGAGGUAAACUGCCUUUGAUUUAAACAAGUUCAUAUUUUGCAGCUGACAAAUUCACCCACUAAAAGCAAUUGAAUGUGAUAACUUACAUUUCAACUUCAGUACUGCUGAACCUGUAAACCCUUGGCGAUAAGUCUAUGAAGAGAUGACAGUAUUGCAAAUAAUUGAAGCUUUAUUUAAGCCACGUGCUUGUUCUAAGCUGUCUGUCAAAUCAUAAGAGCAGUGAACCUAUAUCAUUAGUUUGCCCAAAUUGCAAGAUAUGUUCAUAGUGAGCAAAACCUCUCAGCUUCUUUUAUCACUGUCAGAUUCAGACUGUGACCCAAAAGUUAAAAUGAAUGUUUUCCUUCACCUGUUGCCACUUUUUACAGGUCAGGUAAUUCAUUUAUGCAUCUCAACUGUUUUCACGUCUAAAGCAAUAUAUGCAACUACAACCAAAUCUGGUCUUGAACCUACCGUAUGGUAACAACUGUACGGUGACCUGCAUCUCUUGUACUAACGGACGUGAUGCAGUGCUGAAUGUAUAACUUCAUGGUGCUAACUGCAACCAAAACCUCCUGUUCAGUUGGCUCUUCGCUGUUCGGUCACUAUAAAUAACCUCAUGCUGGAUUAUCCACCGACUCAUUUAUAAUGUGACGGAGUCAACAAAGAUAUGUGGUUAUCUGACUGAAUCUGGUUUUAUCUGUUGCAUCUCAUAAAGACCGCGUAAUAUUACAAAGUGUUGACAUUCUGUCAGUGGCACAAACACUUAACUCCAGUUUGGUGACUUUGGCAUGCGAUGAAACUGUCUUUCACUCAAUGGUGCAUUUCUGGGUGCAUGUUUUUAAGGUGGAGUUCUGCUGAAAAUAGACUUUCUGAACGUUACAGUAUUUUGCAAAAGUCAACCUCUUUUGAAUAAUUUUUGACUUGUAGCUGAUUUUGGAGUCAUUUCAUCUCAUAUUCAAGGAGAGGCCAAUGCUUUAACCACAAACUGACAUUUCCAGAGAGGGUUGAAAGAAACAAAAGGAGAAAUAUUUAAAUUUAUUUCUACAUCAAACAUUAAAAACUGUGGAAGACGGUGAAGGAAUAUGAUCGUCCUUAAAAAUGUCUUUCAACAAUCUGAGUUAUAUGAGUCUUUCCUUGAGGGUAAAUAUCUUUAGAAUAAAUCAAUAUUUCAGCAGCGCUCCCCUUUAACUUCCCUUGCCUAGACGUCCCAGAACAGAACUUCGGUUUUAUUAUAUCUCAACCUCUCAUCUUCAUCAGAUACUACUUGAUAAACUGCUGCAUUGUUCAUUGUCUAUGCAGCAGGGAUUUCUAAAAGGUCUCUAUGCAAGUCUUGUGUUUCUGCCGUUCUUCCUAUAAAAGCUGAUUUUUUUGUUGUUUUCAGAAACCAAAUGUAUCCUGUCAAACCCUGGUUUGUAAUCAGUGUCUCUGUUUAGUCACAUGUCUUCAGAUAUGCUGUGCAAUUCAUAUUAUUUCUCUGCACCUUUUGUCCCCCCCCCCCCCCUCAUCCUCCUGAUUACUUUAUUUUUGUCUUUGUAUUUUAUGUCUUUUUCUUUCAGCUUUCCCUCCAGCUCGGUUCUACAUUGUUAAAAUGGUUCAAUUUGUCACAAAAAGGCUUUUUCACUGUCAGCAUGUGCACUAGACGUUGACAUUUAGUCAUUUGGAUUGUACAAUUGUACUUUUGUGAGUUGUUUCAUUUAACUAAAAUGUCAAAAAAAGGUUCUUCACCUGUUUUUACUCUGUUGCCUUUUUGCAAACAAGUUUGUGCCAAUUCUGUAGUUUUCAUUACAUAGAUUUCCUGAAGGGAUUAUUUUAAGUUGACUUUUGUAAUGUAUGCGUUUAUCCAAAUGUGGCUUAGUUGUAUGUGAAUAGAGUCACGGCACUGUUUACGUACGAUGUUUGGAUCAUUUAAUAAACUACACCUUCGUUGAGGCUUGGCCUCUAUAAGAAUGAACAAGACGCUGCAGUUCAAGUGUUUUAUUUUAGAAAAUAUAGACACAAGAGCAUAGAAUAUAUAACAACAGUUUAUUUUAAAAGAUUACUUUCAUAUUGUAUGUUUCAAAGGUGCUAAUGCUUUCUUUGUGAUUAUACAGGGAUAGUAAUAUGCAUUAUAGUAGGUGUUUCAAUACGUAAUUCAUACUGUAUAUAAAGUAUAUCAUUUCUAUGUUCAUUCAUCAAAAUAUCAUUUUAUUCAUACGUCUGAUGCAUCGAUAAAUUAACUAGAAGAAAUUGCCUUUGUACACAUGUUGAAUUAAAGGAGUGAAGAAAGAAAUGUACAGAACAUGUACUGAUUACCUUAAUGAACCCCAACCAAUGAUGCCGUUAAUAACAUUUUAUAAAUGCUUUGAGAACUUAUUUAAUGCAGUAGACUGAACACAUCUAUAAAUUGUUAUUCCCACACUCACAAAGCAAUAAGAAAUGCUUUAUAAAUAUAGAGAAACAAAGUGUUCAACAUUGAAUACAUAAAUACAGAGUAUCUGCAGGUCUU